AUGGGGAAUGCGGCUGGCAGUCUGGAGAUGUCGGCGCCCAGGGAUGGGAAGGGAGUCCAGAUGACUCCAGGCUCUGGGGCCCCAAAACAGCCCCCAGGCCCCAAACUUCCCAUGCCCUCCGAGGACGAACUGGAGGAACGAUUCAACCUUGUACUGGGCACGAUGAACUUGCCUCCUGACAAAGUCAAACUGCUUUCCCAGUAUGACAAUGAGAAAAAAUGGGAGCUGGUCUGUGAUCAGGAGAGAUUUCAGGUGAAGAAUCCGCCCUCUGCUUAUCUGCAGAAACUCAAGAGCCUCUUAGAUCAGGGAGGGAGAAAGUUUAAGAGGCGUGUCCAGGAGUCCACACAAGUCCUAAGAGAGCUGGAAAUCUCCUUACGAACCAAUCACAUUGGCUGGGCGCAUGAGUUUCUAAAUGAACAGAACAGAGGUCUGGAUGUGCUGGUGGAUUAUCUCUCUUUUUCCCAGCGUGCAGUCACAUAUGACAUGGAAACUGUGGAUAACGGGGUUGUAUCAGCUGCAUAUGAGAAGUCCGUGGAGGACCUGACCUCCAGUGCCAACAGCUCCCCCUCCCACAGUGCAUCACGGCCCGGACGAUCUCUGACCUCCCGACUGAACUCUCUCCACAACAGGAAAGGCACCAGAAACUCACGCACCGUCGGACAGAAGGACGACCUCCAUCUCUGUAUAAUGUGCCUGAGGGCAAUUAUGAAUUAUCAGCAUGGGUUUAAUCAGGUGAUGUCACAUCCCAGCUGUGUGAAUGAGAUUACACUCAGCCUAAACAACCGAAAUCCCAGGACUAAAGCUCUGGUGUUGGAGUUGUUGGCUGCGGUGUGUUUUGUUAGAGGAGGCCAUGACAUCAUCCUCUCUGCCUUCAAUAACUUUAAAGAGGUAUGCGGAGAGAAACAUCGAUUUGAGAAGCUGAUGGAGUAUUUCACCACUGGGGACAACAACAUGGACUUCAUGGUGGCAUGCAUGCAGUUCAUUAACAUUGUGGUCCAUUCGGUGGAGAACAUGAAUUUCAGAGUCCAUCUGCAAUAUGAAUUUACCAACCUGGGGUUGGACCAGUACCUGGAGACACUGAGGCUGACAGAGAGUGAGAGAUUACAGGUGCAGAUCCAGGCCUAUCUGGAUAAUGUGUUUGAUGUCAGUGCUCUGUUAGAGGAUGCAGAGACCAAGAACACAUUACUAGAACACCUGGAGGAUGUACAGGAACACAACAGACAGUUGACUUGCCGACUGGAGAAAUGUGAGCAGGACUCUGAGGAGAAAGUCUCUCAGCUGGAGAAACAGCUCAUUCAGACGACUAAAGAAGUGGAACUACUCAAGGAGAGCCUGAGGGAGUCAUGUGCCCAGGUGAGCUUGCUGCAGCAGAGAGAAAGAGAGAAGGAGCUAGAGAGGGAGAGGGAGAAGGAGAGAGAGCGAGAUCGGGAUAAGUCGGUUCAGGCCCUGUCAGAACUGGAACUGAAGGUCCAGGGUUUGGUCGACCAGGGUCUGAUCAGAAUCGAACGCUCUGAGUCCGGAUCACUGGACCUGCAUGUCAUCCCCAUCUCCAUAGCAACAUCUGAGCCCACAACCAUACCUAAAACAGAUACGGGUGAAGAGACAGUGGAUGGCUGUUUGACUCCGACUGCACUGGCCCCUCCCACUCCACCUGCUCCUCCCCCUCCCCCUGCCCCAGCUCCUCCUCCUCCACCUCCACCACCUCCCCCAGCCAAUGGGCUGCCUCCCCCUCCACCACCUGGUCCGGCUCCAUCUCCAGGUCUGUUUGCGACAGGCAAGCAUGGUAAGAAACCCAUUCAGACCAAGUAUCGGAUGCCACUGUUUAACUGGCAGCCUCUGAAGGCAGAUCAGGUCUCUGGUACAGUCUUUACUGAACUGGACGAUGACACUGUUUUAGAGGAGCUGGAUAUGAAUGUGUUUGAGGAGCUGUUUAAGACCAAAGCUCAGUCUGCCCCUGUGGAUGUUGGCACUCUGAAGAUGAAGGUGGCCCAUAAGGUGUCCAGUAAAGUGUCUUUACUGGAGCCCAACAGGGCCAAAAACUUGGCCAUCACCCUCCGCAAGGCAGGCAUGACCACUGAUCAGAUCUGUUCCGCCAUCGAGACGUAUAAUCUGGGAUCGUUAAGUCUGGAUUUUCUGGAGUUGCUGGAGCGGUUUAUCCCCUCAGACUAUGAGCAGAAACUGAUCCAGAAUUACGAGCGUGAUGGGCGAGCGCUGGUGGACUUAUCGGAGGAGGACCGUUUUAUGGUGCGCUUUGCCAAAAUCCCACGUCUCUCCCAGCGAAUCAGCACCCUCACAUUCAUGGGCAACUUCACGGAGAGCAUCCAAAUGAUCCAGCCUCAACUGGAUGCCAUUAUCGCUGCAUCGAUGUCCAUCAAAUCCUCAGGCAAACUGAAGAAGAUUCUGGAGAUCAUUCUAGCAUUCGGAAACUACAUGAACAGCGGGAAGAGAGGUGUAGUGUAUGGAUUUCGCCUUCAGAGUCUCGACUUGCUCCUGGACACAAAAUCAACUGAUCGCAAACAGACUCUUCUACAUUAUCUCGUCAGCAUCAUUAAGGAGAAAUACCCUCAGCUACACAGCUUUUACACUGAACUUCACUUUAUGGACAAGGCUGCACUGGUGUCUUUGGACAGCAUCCUGCAGGAUGUACGCUCCCUGGAGAAGGGCAUGGAGGUGACCCUGAAGGAGUUCCAGCAGCAGAAGGACAGUCCUGUCCUCAGGGACUUCCUGUCCAGUAAUGGCACCAUGCUAGAGUCUUUAGGCAAGGACGGCAAGACUGCUCAGGAGGCAUAUGAGUCAGUGGUGGAGUACUUUGGGGAGAAUCCUAAAUCUACACCCCCCUCCAUGUUCUUCCCUGUGUUCAUCAGAUUCAUAAAAGCCUACAAGUUAGCUGAAAUGGAGAAUGAACUGAAGAAAAAGAACGAUGCCAUAAUCCUUGAGGAGGGAAAGGACAUGCCCUCUCCAGACAGCCCCAGGAAUCAACCAAUGGGAGAAAAGUCGCCCACAACGACUCGGCCGCCUCAGGUAGAUCUGAUCGCCGAGCUGAAACGGAGACAGAUGACCCCACUGGUCCGGGAAGGCAAAGACGGGGCCAUCGAGGACAUCAUCACAGGUUUGAGGAAUCAGCCAUACAUAAGAGCAGAUGGAGGGAGACGCAGCGCCAAGUGGAAACCCGCUCAACAGUUACAAGUGUCCUCAGACAUCUCCCUGUGA